AUGGUUCAAGCUCGCUUGCUGUGUCUGGCCAAUCCGUGGCUCUGGCGGUCGUGGUCGCUGCCCCUGGGCCUGGGGGUGCUGCGCCCGAAGUGCGUGGCGUGGCGGAAAUCGUUUGGAAUUUGGUGCAGGCGCCUGCUGGCGAAGCUGGGGCGGUUGGCCACCUCGAGUACAGCGCCUUGCGCUCCCAUUCGUUUCCUCAGCCUGUGGUACUGGGGCCGCGCGACCGCCCCAGCGUUCGCUCGCGGCGCGUCUGGUUACGGGGGCGGUGUGCUCACCAAGAUCUACCAGCGUGGACAGGUCGGAGUGGGCUCGGUCGCGCCAUCGGGUUCAUCUGCACGGGCGAGGAGUGGGCUGCCAUAG